CGAGGGUUUUUCAUCUUCGAACUCAGUCUGCUUUCUUUCGGCCAUUAACAAUGACGAAGUUCAGAAAGCUUGGUCGAGAUGCAGCUGAACGAGUGUCUAUGCUGAGAACAAUGGUUUCUCAGUUGGUGAAGCACGAGCGUAUUGAGACUACUGUUCCAAAGGCUAAAGAAAUUCGGCGGCUUGCUGAUAACAUGGUUCAAUUUGGAAAAGAGGGUUCCCUUUGUGCUUCAAGGCAUGCUGCUGCAUUUGUAAGAGGCGAUGAUGUCCUUCACAAACUAUUCACAGAACUGGCUUAUCGAUACAAAUAUAGAGCUGGUGGAUAUACAAGACUUCUUCGGACGCGUAUACGUGUUGGCGAUGCUGCACCAAUGGCUUAUAUAGAAUUUAUUGAUAGAGAAAAUGAGCUGAGACAGUCGAAGCCUCCAAAUCCCCAACCACCUCAGAAGGCUCCAAUGGAUCCAUGGACAAGAUCACGGCUUAGCAAGCAGUUCGCACCACCCAAAGAGAUCAAAUCUGACUCUGAAAUCUGAUACAACUUUUAUGUUCAAUAAAGAAAGCUUUUCUUUUCCAAGAAGUUCACCCCCACCCAAAUUGUUUUGCAAACUUCAGAUGUAAACCAAACGAGUAUAGACACUGCUUUACAUACAUUAUCUCUUGUUCCUUAGGCUGAAAGCUUUCCCUCAAACAAAGAGUAAUUUUCGGCUUUCAAAGUUGCCCAUUUCUUGA